GCUAGGGCAUAUGGAUGGAUUGCUAGUUCCCUUCUCGUCAGACGUCAGGCGCAGCUUCGUCUCCUCGUCGCCUGGCCGCCGCCUCCACUGCCUCCCCCUCUAUCGGCCAACUUUUCCGGCGGGCAGCGACGCGGUCCAUCAUGGUCCCCCGUAAGCAUGCAAAAAUGGUAGAACUUGAACGUGAAGACCCCAUGGUUGAUGAUGAAGCCAUGACGGAUGAUGAAGCUAUGCUGGGUGAUGAUGAUUCUGAUAAUGAAGAUAUAGAAUCAGAAGAUGAUUCAGGGGAAGAGUUACAGGCUGAACCUUCAAGGAAAGCUAUAUAUAACAAAGAGCGGCUCCUUGAGAAGCUUGAGGACAUAGCCUGGCCGGAGAAUGUGGACUGGAUGCACAAGCUCACUAUUGAUCAUGAUCAGGGGGAAAAAGUUGAUGUGAAUGAUGAUCUUAACCGUGAGCUUGCUUUCUACACCCAGGCUUUGGAUGGCACAAGGCGGGCUUUUGAGAAAUUGCAGUCUAGCAAGGUCAGGUUCCUCAGGCCGGCAGAUUACUAUGCAGAGAUGGUCAAGACUGAUUCUCACAUGCACAGGAUCAAGGGGAGGCUCUUGUCAGAGAAGAAGAAGAUCGAGGAGGCAGAGGAGAGGAAGAAGGCGAGAGAGUCGAAGAAGAGAGCAAAGGAGGUGCAGGCAGAGAAGAUGAAGGAGAGGGCCAAGGAGAAGAAGGAGAGUAUCGAGUCGGUGAAGAAGUGGAGGAAGCAGAGGCAACAGGGGGGAUUUGCUAAGGGAAAGGAUGAUGGUCCAGAUUUGAAUUUCGAAGGUGAUGAAGGGUUCAAGCAAUCAAAGAAGAAGAGGCCUGGUGUUGCUCCUGGUGAUAGGUCUGGUGGUCUUGCCAAGCGAAGUAAACAAGGAAAGAACCAUAGGUCAAAGGAUUCGAAGUUUGGCCAUGGUGGUCGGAAAGGGAUGAAAAAGCAAAACACUGCGGAGACAACAAAUGACUUCAGAGGAUUUAACCAGAGGGGUGAGUCACAAAACAAGAAGAGGAAGACGUUUUGAUGCAAUGUUGUAAGAGUAUGCCUGCUUCCUUUUUGCCGUUAUUGUGUUCUUGUUGUUUUGAUAUCUAGUUAUCGCUGGACUACUGCAACAUCACUAGAUGUGAACGUUAGCUUGAAAUAGAAAUUUUUUGGAGGCAGUCCAAACACAAGACUUGUGCUUUAGCUGUGCUGUUUUCUGUAAGAUGCACUUAACUUAUGAUUGCCCUUUUGGUUAUGGGAUGCAGAUGAAUCUUUUUAUCGGUGCAA